AUGUUACCACAGGCCUUCCUCGGCGUCGCAGGGUGUAUAGGGGGCUUUGCAAAGAACUGCUGGGAGCCGAGGAGCGUGGUCGUGCCUCCCGAGCCGCAGGCCGGGGACGCAAGGUUCGUCACGAAGGGCUCCGAGGGCCCCUGGGACGGAGCCAAGAUCAGCCUCGUCAACGCGACCGACUUUGAGUGGUGGUACUUUGACGCCCGCUCGCCGUCCGGGGACCAGGGCGUCGCGGCCUGGUUCAUGACGGCCAGCCCCGCCGCGUGGGGGCUCGAGCUGCCGACGACCAGCUGGUUCAUCUUCCACGCGCGCUUCCAGGACGGCACGGGCUACGACGCCGUGGUCCCGGCGGAGUCGGCCGUCAUCAACGAGCGGGGCGAAGGAGCGUCGGGGCUCUGGGUGGGCUCCGGCUCCGGCUUCGCGGGCGCCGAGGACCUGUCUCGCUUCACCCUCACAUUCGACGUCCCCGACAAGGACAUCCACGGAGUGGUUGAUCUCACCUCGACGUCCCGACCGCGGAGUGCUGUCCGCCCAGCCGCUGAUUCCGAGGCCGACUUGAUGAACGUCGCCGGUAUGGGGUGGGCUGUCUCCAUGCCCGCCGGUCGCUCGGUGGCACACGUCACUGUAGGCGACAAGGCAAUCUCGUUUACGAAUGGCGGCGGAUAUCACGAUCAUAACUGGGGAAACACCUUGCCCGCGUGGCUCAACUGGUACGCCGUAGAAGGCGAGUUUGGCCCCUUCGUCUUCAGCGCCAUCGAAGCGUACAAAGGGCCCGAUGGAUACUUCAAGUACGCGUGGCUGUCGGUCCACGGGAAGGUCAUACUAGCCAGCCUUGACGAAGAUGUUGUCUCCAUCCGCCCCUGGGGCAACGGCGCCGAGUACCCUCCCACGGGGUUCCAGCCGCAGCCCCUCGGCUUCACACUCACCUUUGACGCCGGGGAGGAGGGAGGCAAAUACCGGAUAAACUUCACCAACCACGGAGAUUCGCCUAGUCUCCCCAUCGCCAAGGGUCUGGCCAAAUGGUUUGGCACGGUGGAGGGCGGCAAGAUUGGCGGCGAGCAGUAUAGCGGCGGGGGCAUGUCCGAGUGGCUUGAUCUUGCCAUCUGA